AUGAAAAUGCGGGUGUUCAUGCGGCUUUUUCCGGUCGUGCUCCUCCUCUCGAAAGAAGUGCUCGGCGUGGCGCGAUUCGCGGUUUCGACGUUGUCGGACACGUCUCUGGUCCUGCGGAUCGUCGACGCCUCCAACGUCUCCUCCUUCGACAUCACCGUCCACAUCUUCGACGUGCAGCAGCAGUCUCUCUUCCGUCGCACCCAUCUCAAACAUGCCACUAGCGAUCAGGUACUUUUCUUGCUGUACUCACUCUUUCCCAGCAUUCUUCCCUUCCGGCUAUAUAUUUUUGUUUUUCGUCCAACUCAUUAAUUUUUCCUAGAAAUCCAGAAAACUGCCCUCGCCACUGUGUAGGUUGUCAUGGACAGGGGGAAGCCAACACAGGCGUGAUUUAUAAGAAAAAAAAAGCGAAUCGGAGACUUGCUUUCCAUCUAUCGGUCCAGAAUUGUUUUUUUCAAGGAAAUGCCAACACAGCAAUGAGAAAUAGUAUGAGAAAUGUUUGAAAAAAUCCAAAUGCACACUUUUUUUAAAAUUAUCGCUUCAAAAAAACGAUUUUUUUGUUACAGGUUUGAAAUUUUUCUUUGAACGAACUUUCCAAUUAUAUUGCGCACUAUAUUUUUCUUUUUUUAAAGAGAAAUAAUCUUGUUGAAAUUUUAAUUUUUUUCCUUCCAAAUUAAAUCUAUUGGGAAGCUUCACAGAAGAAAAGAGCCUCCUUUAAAAAAUGAUUCCGAAACCUUUUUAAAUGCUGGCUGUGAGCAGACUUUCGGGAGUAGUCAUGGAAUCUGCCACAGAUUGUGGGAUUGGCGCAAUGGGUGGCAAUUAGCGCGUUGAUUGGAGCAUAUUAAAGGCGCGCUUUUGGUGUCGGGAGGGUAAUGAGAGGUUUGUGCACCAAAAGUGAUUGGGUUUCCGGAACCCAAUACCGAAAAGACUUUACGAAUGUCUUUCUUUGUCAGCGGAUGCAGGGAAACAAAUGAAUAGCGCCGCUCUCCGGGACAUGCGCUUUUUAUGACCUACUAAUCUUGUGUCGAACUAGGGGAAGGACCUCAUAAUAACUCUUCAUCGCCUUGUACUUUUUCUAGUUUUAUGGGCUCUGAAUAUUUGAGAAGGCAACUUCCUUGGAGUAUAUUCCUGGGCAAAAGAAAAAAAGAGCAAUAAAACGAUCAAAAAUUGGAAAUGAGAUUCUUGUUAAAAGCGUCAUACAAGUUUUUUUUUUGCGAUUUUCAAAACCUACUUUUUUGUAUUCAAAAGCGCAUUCUUGGAACUAAUUAUUUUUUAAGUGCUUCAAUAUUAGUGUAUCGUGAGCUAAAUUUUUUAUUAUCAACAAAGCCUACUGUUUUAUAAAAUCUGCAGGGAACUUACAUGGAUGGCAAGUUAAAAAAAAUAAAGGUUAUGGAUUAACGUGAAAAAAAAUUAUGGUAUGAAACUUUCUCUCGGUUGCAGAAUUUUAUAUGAUCUAAACUAGAUCUUUGAACUUGCGAUCCGGAGCUCUAUAGAAUAGAAACCUCAUCUGAAACUUUUUUCAAUUCUUCGCAUGCCUUCAAAAAUAGAAACAACGGAUUUUUGGGAUUUUCAGCUGCUGGCGUUCGACGGACUGAGGCCGGCGACGUGGUUCGCCGUGAGAGUCGAGUACCGACUCUUCUACAAAGACGACGAUUCCCAGGACGCCGACGGGAUCCGCACCACCAAACAGGUCGGCCUCCUUCUUAACCGCCAAAGCCUCUCUAAUCCUCCACUCAUCUUUUCGCUUAAGGAAACAUAUGUUACUGUUAUUUUUUAUUGUUGUCCGUAUAGCUCAAUCUGGCUCACUAAUCAGUCAUUUUUCGUCAGUUCUCAUUCUAGAAGCAAAAUGAAAAGCAAGAAAAAAAGUUGCUUUACUCCUAACAAUAAAGUGCUGUUUGGAAUUGAAAACAAAUUAUUUGUGCCGAGAUAUACGAAUUUGAUUUAUCAUUUUUUACCAAGCAAUUUCUAAUUUCUAAAAUAAUGACGAUUCAGGAAAUGGUUGUGAAAACGAAAAAGACAGAGCGAGAAGAUCCGAAAAAAGUCGACGACAUGGUCGCUUUCAUCAACGACUUAUUUGUAACUAAAGACAACAUCUAUAUCGGCGUCGGAUCUGUCUUUAAAGAUUCAAAAAAGGCUUGUUUUUUUACUAUCAAAGUGUAAAAUUAGAACGAAAAUAUUUUGCCAAAUUACCUUCACGUUGAAUUUUACGAAAAAUAAGUUUUAAAUUCAAAUAUGAGACGUUGAAAAAUUUUUUUCAAAAAAAUUACUGAAUUUAGGUGGCCACAGUUAUUGUGCCGGAGCUGAAAUGCUCGCGUGGGAUCGUCAGUCCCAUAUCUCAACAGGUGAGCUCAAGGUUGGAAGCAGAAUCUAUCUCUGAGUUGGCAGGUGAUCCAACACGCUUCCUUCCAUUUCGACCUAUCGAAACUGCCGAAAGAGGACAGAAAAUGCUCAACGGUGAGAUUCGCUCUCCAACUCCAACCUGACCUUUCUUGGUAGAUCUGCGUGUUCCCUUACCUGCGCUUCCAAGUCCUCAACGGAACCAGCGAGACUUUCCGAGGCCGCGAAUGGUGCGGCACCGUCGAGGACGCCAAAGUUCUUCUGUCGAACGAUUUCAGCUCUCGGCUAUAUCUACUUUGUUUCCUCCUGUUUUUGGUCUACAACAACCUCAAAUAA